UAAAUUCCCCCUUCCUCUUGUUACAAAAAUGACGCAAAACCAUAUAGUGGUUAGGUUUGAUUCUCCAAUUGAACAUUUGUUAUGUGAAAAACGAACAGAUUGAUUUUGGAAUGGGGAAUCGAACUCGUUGUGAAAGUGAAAGGAUGAGAACAGUCUGGACUCUGGAGAUGGAUAGAUACUUCAUUGACCUAAUGUUGGAACAAAUGGGAAAGUGGAAUGACGUUUGUGAUCAUACGUUUAACAAGUAUGCUUGGAAUCAAAUGACUUCUUUGUUCAAUGAUAAGUUCAAGUUUCAGUACGACAUGGAUAUCCUGAAGAAUCGGCACAAGACGCUUAGAACUCUUUACAGAGAUGUACUGCAUCUUCUUGGCCAGGAUGGAUUUAUAUGGAACGAUACCCUGGGAAUGGUGACUGCUGAUAGUAAAGUCUGGGAUGAACACAUAAAGGUUCAUCCAAAGUCACGACCGUACAGAAUAAAAACCAUCCCAUAUUUUCACGAUCUCUGUGAGAUAUAUAAACACGUGGGUUUUGAAAAGAAAGUAACCGUUGCUUGUGAUGAUAAUGAAUUCUCUAAAAACAACAAAGAAACACAAUCUGACUCUGGUAGCUUGCCCGAAGGUGAAAACUCUGAGGAUAUGAAGUUGGGCCUGGUAAAAGAAGAAGAAGAGUCAAUGAUUUCAACCUAUGAAACUCCUCAUGAAAUUGCCCUCAUAGAGUAUUGUGGACUCUCUGAUGUUAAAAUAGAAAUGCCUGUUGAUGACAGCACAUCAUCUACUUUAGCUACCAAUCGUACAAGGACGUGUUGGCAGCCACAGAUGGAUUUCUACUUCAUUCAUCUCAUGUUAGAUCAGGUGAAGAAAGGGAAUCAGGUUGGUGGUCUGUUCAGAAGAGAAGCAUGGGUGGAGAUGGUUUCUUCAUUUAAUGCCAAGUUUGGGUUCCACUAUGAAUUUGAUAUCUUGAAAAACAGGUUUAAAUCUAUGAGGAAACAGUAUAAUGUUAUAAAUGAUCUUCUUAAAUUGGAUGGCUUCGUAUGGGACGAUGUAUGCAAAAUGGUCACAGCUGAUGAACAGGUCUGGCAAGAAUAUAUCAAGGUUAAUGCCACUGCAGCACAAUACAUGACCAAACAUGCACCAUACUAUAAAGAAUUGUGCGUGAUUUGUGGUGAACAUACUAGUGAUGGAAAAGACAGUCUUUUGGGGCAUAACACAGCUCAGGUAGAUGAAGCUCUUGAAGCUAAGUUUGGUGUGUUGCUGAAUAGUUUUGAAUCCCCACUUGCCUUUGUUUCCAUUGAUGACCAAACGGGAAAAAAGGACGACUUUUCCAAUAUGAAUUUCAAUGGAACGGAUCCUUCAAAGAGCAAGCGACAAUUAGACAACCCUUCAGUUUCUGAACGCUCCAAGAAAGCACGGAGUGAAGAGGAGGGCAUUGCCCAUGCUCUUCAUGAGAUGGCAAACACAACUUCAUCUUUGGCAGGUAAAAUAAAUGAUGAGGAGAAAGGAUGCUCAAAUAGUGUUUCCAUAGAAAAAGUGAUCAAAGCAAUCCAGGCCCUGCCUGAGAUGGAUGAUGACCUUAUUUUGGACGCAUGUGAUUUCCUAGAGGAUGAAAAGAGAGCAAAGAUAUUUUUGGCCCUAGACGUUAAACUACGAAAGAAGUGGUUAGUGAGGAAGCUUAGACCAUCACAGGAAUAAGAUGGAUCAGGAUGAGCUCAUAAUCUAUAUGACUUGAAAGUGGUUAAUGGUAUAUUUACUUGACCAUAUUAUAGUUCCAUCAACUUAAAUACCUUUGAAGAAAAACGUUACUCAACUGUAGAAUAAUGUUCACUUGCUUAAACUCAUGUAGGACUCAGCUUACCUUUUUUAUUUUUGAAAGGUUGGGCCUAGUCAUAUUUAUACAGUAGUACAUCUAAUUGAAAUAUGCUCAUUUGUUUUAUGUGAGGUGAACUUGUGAAAACAUACAUGCAAGUGUGAAAAUGUCCC